UCGUACGAGCACUAACCUGCUGUAUACGCCCUGUACUGGACUCCAUACGGGCUCUAUCGACGGCAGCCGAGCGAGGCUUCAGCCGCUCAUAUCCAGUGCGCCUUUUCUUCCUUUUCUUUUGUUUCUCUCAUUUUCUCACUGCUCCUGGAUCCCCUCGCCGCCACAGUCGCCUUCGCCUCAACCGUUGCCCUUGCCUCCAACUCUGGCGCAGCGCAUGAGGCCGUCGCAAAUGCCAAGUAGCCGCCCUCCGCGGCGAGACCGGGGACCGGUGCGCAGAAGAGAGUCGCUCGAUGCGCUCCUCGACAGCCUCUCAUCCUGGGACCUGCUUCAUAUCCGGAACCGCUUCAUCGACGGCUCCGUCAGCCUCGACGGCUUCGCCGGCCUCAGCGAGCUGCCCCCCGAGGUCUUCGCCUACAUCAUCCCCCAUCUGGACCUGCAGGAUGUGCUCAACUGCUACAUGGUGAGCAAGGACUGGCGCGAGGCCUGGAUGCAGGGCGCCGUGGCCUCGGCCUUGUGCAGCCGCUUCUUCCCGGGCCUGCUGGAGCUCUACCACAACGACGUGCCGGAUCGCAACCAGCUGUUUCGGGCCACGGCACAGCAGUACAUGCGGAAGCUCUAUGUCAAGCGGGCCUUUGUCGCCUGGGACGUGGGCUGGAGCAGCGACAUCUUCACCAACUCGGAGCCGCCGCCGCCAAGUCGCCAGCUGGGCAAUCUUCGCCAGGUCAACUUUGGCUUCGGGCCCCUGACGGUGAAUUACAGCAGCGGCAAGCUGGCGUGGCAGCCGGACAACUGCCACGUUAUCGUUGAUGACCUGUACACGCGGGAGAGAUCGCGGUUCAGCUUUGGCAUGGACUUCAUCUCGGGACGGCCACUGCAGCUGCAGGCCGUGACGGACAGCUUGGUGGUGCUGGCAACAAGCAUGCCUCAGCAUCAGAGUAGACACCAGACAACAACUGAUAACGGGCAAACCAUAACAGUGUUUCACCUGCAGUUUCGACAGUCCAAGAAUGUCGUCCUCCCUGGCAAGUUUGCCCAUUGCUACGCCCAGGGCGACACGGUGGCGUUUGUCACCAGGCAGGGCCAUGUCGUUGUGUGGGGUUGGAGCGACAGUGCCUACGAGCUGGACAUUGACCAUGAACAGCACUUUUUCGGGCGAGAUGGCUGGGAGAGCGACUUGGGAGGCAUACCAGGCAUCAUGUUUCACCCGACAGACACGGAUAUCAUCUAUGCAGCGUGGCUGCACUCAGCCUUGCAGCCCGAUCCUCUCAUCCAUGUCGGCGUCAUCAUCAAGUUUGAACGUGGCAAGCCGGUGAAACGAUUUGAGUCACCCAUAUCCCAUCCAGAGUACCACCGUGAUCCUACAACCCGGUAUUCGUGCCCGGCAAUGCGCCUGACGCUCACUGUCCAGAAGAUGGACAACUACGGAGGCUACGCGGUUGGCAUUGUCCAGCUCGUCCUGGAUAGAGGACACCAUCCAAACAUCUCCAAGCCAUAUACCGACUGGCUCUGUGUGCACUUCAACGUCUUGACCGAGACUUUUCUUCAUAUCAAAUACGAGAGCCGUCGGAGGCCGAACCCCGCGCAGGCGAGGCACUUUGACUUGUGUGCAUGGGAGGACCAGCUUGUCAUUAGUUGGUUUGACGAGUACCUCGUUAGCCAAGGUUACUUUCACGGCCUGGAGUGGCUCCAACCGGUCCCCAUCGGCGAUGACGCCACUCGUUGCCCUCACACCAACAAGGUUCGUGAAUCAAUACAGCGCCAGCAGAUAGAGGUUGAAGACUACAUGUCCGACCAUGGCUUCGGGCGCAGAAUCUUCAUGGACAAGGACUUUUUCAUCGCCACGACGGGGCAAGGCUUCUUGCUGAUUUCCUUCAAUGACAAUCUGGAUCUUCCCGGACUGGCCACCAGGGAUGAAAAUGGCGAGGUGGAGAGGUGCAAAAACCCGCCACCGGCGACACAGGGAGAAGACAUAGAACCGCCGAGGAUGUCUGCUUCGUGGGACACGAGAAAAGUGACGAGCUUGGUGAGAAUUUCGCUGGAUAACUUUCCGGAAAAUGCGCUGGAUCAGCCCGGAUGGUGACGUCGAAGUCGGCUGGCUGAAAGAGUACGAGAUGAAGGGAUUCUGGGCGCCAAACCAACCCAGUAGUAUUUAUUGCGCGAUACGGAUAUGUGGGAGGCAUAUGAUUGAUGUGGGUGAUGUGAGGGAUGUGUCUUGUUUUAUUCUUCUUUCAUAGGUAGCGAUGGAUAUCAGUGCGACGGAGUCCUUGUUUGGGUGGUUUUGGAAAAAAAAAGGGGGGGAAAUCAAAAUCGGCGAUGUUUAGGCUAGCGUAGCGAUGAAAAUGGCUUCUUUCUUUUCUUUCUUUUGCUUGUCCUGCAUCUGGAUAGUUACCAUCGCCUCCUCUUUUAUAGACGUCAACCGUGUCUUGCAUGGGUGUUUUUGUCUGAUCUGC